UGUGAAAAUGAGUACAACGGAGUUGUGGUUCGACGAUUCAUCGGACGAUGAAAGAUUAGUGGAACUAGCUAGAAGUAGGAAACAGUUGAGGGACGCAUCCUACCACCUAGAAAUGGCUUCCACUGAAUUUUUAAAGAACUUUAGAUUAUCUAAAGAGCCGUUUGUGAACCUACUGUCCAGUACAGAAAACCAGUUGCAGCAGUGCACCCGAGCCAAAUUGAUUCCAAAUAUUUUAAAGCUAGCCACAGUUCUGCGAGUUUGUGCUCAGGGAUCGUACCAAUUGAGUAUUGGUAAUGAAGGUAUGCUAGGACUUGCUCAACCCAAUGUGUACGAUGAUGCUGAAGAUAUUGAAGUGGAGUCAAAUAACGGAGAAUUAGAAAACAUAAGAAAUGAAAUUUUGAGAUUAUAGAAAAAUCUAAAAAGUAUUAAAUAGAAACCUUUACACCACACUUUCUGUUUUAUUUUUGUUAUAAAUUUUCU